AUGCUCAGGGGAUGUAUGGCCAGUAUAAACAGCAAAAAAAGCAGCAGCCACAACAGCCACCACAAGGGAGCUAUCACCAAGUCACUCAAGGAAGCCAUCACCAACCCCCUCAAGGCAAUUCUCAGCAAGCGCCACCACCAACACCGGGCUAUCCGCAACAUCAGCCACUGCAAGGUUACCAGCAGCCAGUGCAAGGAUAUCAGCAACCACAGCAGGGACACCCACAACCUCAUGCGGGAUAUCAGCAACAGCAGCAGAGCUAUGUACCUCAAGGAGGCUAUCAACAACCGCCACAGUCGCCUCAGCAGGGCUACCAGCCGAAUCACAAUAAUGGACAACCAUCCUACUCCACAGGUAGCUAUCAAAACCAAUACGGGAGCCAUCCCCAGCAACAAUACGGUGGCUACCAGCAAACUCCAACAUCUCAUGCACCUCCACCACCAGCAGCAGCACAGCACCCUCCCCAACAACCACAUCAACCUCAUCCAAACCAGUCACCAGUCCACCAUAAUGCACCGCAACCGGCCCCUCUUCCACCGCAUCAACCCUUCAACAUGA